GCAAACAAUUUCUGCACAACCAGUCUCUUCAGAAACACAUAACAUGUCCUUCAGCAGGAAGACAUUCAAGCUAUUUGGGUCAGAAGAAAAGUGUUGGAGAGAAGAACAGUGUAAAUACACACACGAAAGUCCAGACGGGACCAAAAUCAUUUAGUUUGGAUGAACCUGGUAAAAGUUUUAACAUACUAAGUAAUUUAAACAUGCACAUAGGAGACCACAUGGUAGAGAAACCAUUUGAAUGUGAGUUCUGUGAAAAAAAAUUUAAACUCAAGAGAAGUUUAAACUUGCAUAAGAGAGUUCAUACAGGAGAGAAACCAUUUGAAUGUGAGUUUUGUGGAAAAAGAUUUAACCAUAAGACGAAUUUAAAGUUGCACAGGAGAGUUCAUACAGGAGAGAAACCGUUUGAAUGUGAGAUUUGUGGGUAUAGAUUUAGCCGUAAGCCAACUUUAUACAAACACAUGAGAGUCCACACAGGACAGAAACCAUUUAUAUGCGAGUUUUGUGGACGAAGUUUUAGCCAGAAACCAACUUUAAAUGCUCAUUUAAGACUCCACACAGGACAGAAACCGUUUGCAUGCGAGUUUUGUGGACGAUGUUUUAGCCAGAAACCAACUUUAAAUGCACACACAAGACUCCACACUGGACAGAAACCCUUUAAAUGUAAGGAUUGUGGAACCAGAUUUCUCCAGAAGUCAAGUUUAAACUCGCACAGUAAAGUCCACACAGGACAGAAACCAUAUGAAUGUAAUAUUUGUGGACAAAAAUUUAGCCAUAAGACAAGUUUAAAGAUACACAUGAUAGUCCACACAGGACAGAAACCAUUUGAAUGCAAUAUUUGUGGACGAAGAUUUAGCCAAAAGUCAGGUUUAAACUUACACAUGAGAGUCCACACAGGACAGAAACCAUUUGAAUGUGAGGUUUGUGGACAAAGAUUUAGCGAUAAGUCAAAUCUGAAAACGCAUUUGAGAAUCCACACAGGACAGAAACCAUAUGAAUGUAAGGACUGUGGAAAAAGAUUUAGCCAGAAGUCAACUUUGAACUCACACUUGACUGUCCACACAAUAGGGAAAGGGUACACAGGAGAGAAAAUGUAUGAAUGUGAGGAUUGUGGACAAAGAUUUAGACACAAGUCUUAUUUAAACAUGCACAUGACAAUCCACACAGGAGAGAAACCUUUCAAAUGUGAGCUUUGUGGGCAAAGUUUUCGCCUGAAGUGUAUUUUAAAAAGCCAUAUGAGUGUCCACACGGACCAGAAACCAUUUGAAUGUGAGGAAUGUGGUCAAAAAUUUAGCCGUAAGUGUAAUUUAACCAGGCACACAAAAGUCCACAGGAAAUAACUCCCCUUCUGUGACUGAGGUCAAAGUUUGGACUUCAGUCAACUCUUAAACACACAAGA